GUUCGGCCACCCGAGAAAAAGCUCCAGAGCUCGGCAUCGCCCUACCAGACGCCAACUUCCUCAGCACAACGCGCCUCAACAGGUGCAUCGAGACACUAGAGACCAGAAACUAGUCUCAUUACUACGCAUUCAGACUACGUGUCGCAUAGUUUGGGUACAGUGGACAGUUUCCAGAUCGCCAAGAUGAUGCACCCUGCGAGGCAGGCGUAUGUAGAGGAGGCCGCAGAGGAAGUAGACACCGGCAUUGAUCUGGCCAAUGUUCCUGUCGAUCGCAACUAUGACCUUCCUACGGGCGCUGCGGGGAUCGCCCCCGAAAAAGCUUCUGCUAUUCUCGAGCAGUUCUCGCGGAAACGCAGAGCUGCCGCCAUCGCCGUUCCUACCGACGAUAAUCGAGUCCGCGCACGGUUGAGAGAACUCGGAGAACCAAUCACACUGUUCGGAGAAGGUCCGGGUGACAGGAGAGAUCGGUUGCGAGAGCUUUUGACAGAUCUUGCGGACAGGCAGGAAGAGGGAGAUGUCGAGAUGCGAAGCGUGACCGCGGAGGCGGAAGAGAUGGAGAAGGGCGAUGAGCAAGAGGAAUUCUAUACAGAGGGAACAGAUGCGCUACUUGAAGCACGGAAAGACAUCGCUCGCUUUUCGCUACCACGAGCAAAGGCUCGGGUUGCUAGGCAAAGGGAAGAGUCGACUAUUCCUCUACGGACGCAUAUCAAGCAUCGCAAGGCCAUCAAGGAGAAACUUCAGGGUUUCGACCUCUACGGUUCACAGAUUGCUGGCGAGCGACCCGUCAGUAUCACACGAUUUUCACCGGAUGGACAAACAAUCGCGGCGGGAAAUUGGGCCGGAGGAAUCAGGUUGUUGUCAGUGCCCAAUUUGGAAGAGAAGGCUCAUUUCCGCGGUCAUAACGACCGCGUUGGAGGACUAUCGUGGUUCCCCGGCGCUACGUUGCCUGGCUCGAACGUGUCUGAAUCUUCAGUCAAUCUCGUUUCCGGAGGCGGAGAAGGAAAUGUUGCUCUCUGGUCUUUGGACAAGUCACAGCCUCUUGCGACCAUGGAAGGCCAUUCUGGGCGAGUCUGUCGUGUCGAAUUCCACCCCUCUGGUCGGUAUGUGGCCUCAGCCUCGUACGACACUACUUGGCGGUUGUGGGAUGUGGAAACCACUACAGAGCUUCUGUUACAAGAAGGUCACUCCCGUGAGGUUUACACGGUUGCUUUCAACAAUGACGGCUCCUUGUUAGCUAGUGGUGGUCUGGACAGUAUCGGUCGUAUUUGGGAUCUGCGCACCGGGCGUACUGUGAUGAUUCUCGAGGGUCAUGUUCGCGAGAUCUUCGGUCUCGAUUGGGGGGUAGACGGCUACAGGGUUCUAUCAGGUUCAGGCGAUGGAUGGAUCAAAUGUUGGGACCUGAGACAGGUCAGGAAUAUUGGCGGUCUUGGAGCGCACAAAAGCAUCGUCUCAGACCUGCGGUGGUACAAGGGGACAGAGUCUUCUGAUUCCUAUCUCCCAUCUGCUGCAGCCAACGGUGCCAUGGACAUUGACAGCCCUGCUCCUCCAACGAUAGAGGAAAAGCGCCAAGCUACGCCACAACCGAAGAAGUCGGGCACUUUCUUCGUUUCAAGUGGGUUCGACAAGAACAUCAACAUCUUCAGCGCCGAUGACUGGUCCCUGGUGAAGACCCUGAGUGGACACUCAGGCAACGUUCUCAGCGUCGAUGUCAGCGACGACGCCAGAUGGAUCGCUAGUUGUGGACACGAUCGAACAGUGAAACUAUGGGGAAUUGAAUAAUAUAUUCAACUGGUUCAAUGUAUUUAUAAUAAUAUCGUUAGAAAGCGCCACAAAUAAUAACGGCUAUGAUACCCCACAACUGUUACCUCCAACAUC